AUGCGAAAGAGGGAUUCUGCUACGGAAUCGGAUAUUGCUGUAGUUGAUGAAAGAGCUGUAGGGAAGAUAGAACAGAACCUGUCAAUUACGCCUUUAGGGCAAUUAUCAUCGCACCUUAGCUGGUUCCCGAUCCUCCUCCAAAAGUUCGACCAAUCGUUCGAGCUGGAACCCGCCAGGGAUACGCAUCCUUUCCAGCUCCCUCAACCGACUGACUCAGUCGGCCAGGAUACCAAAGAGUGCAAAAGGACUUACCCAUCCACAGUGGCAAUUCUGACAUCGUUUGAUACCAGGAAUGCAACUCGUAUGGGAAUGCCCGAAAAAAGGAGCGAGCCGUCUUACGACGAUUCGGACCCCAUCGGACAAAAGACCUCUUGGUUGCCGUAG